AUGCUGGGCCUGCCAUCGUCGCACCAAGGCGCUGCCGUGGGGCAUGCACAAGGUGCUGCCGUGGGGCAUGCACAAGGCGCCGGUGUGACCAGUGGGGCCCACGAAGGCGCGGACGAGAGGCAAGCUGAUGGCUCUUUUGAGACUCAAUGCUUGGGAUUGAGCACUCAUGGCCGUUUGGCGCCUAUGACUUGUGUUGUGGCGGGUGCUGCUUCUGAUGUCGCUUUGCAUGCUAGCUGCCCAUUCCAGGGUGCUUCCAUUCCCCCUCCCAUGAGUGCAUCUCAGCACUCCUGCUUAUCCUCUGCCGCCGUCCUCCCUCCUGCGCGUCCUCCGAACUAUCUUCAUCUUCAGCAGCAGCAUCGCAUGCCCCCCCGUGCCACCUCUCGCCCUCCACCUCCCAUGGGUCGUGGGACCAGUGGUAGAGGUGGUGGGACUUUCUUGGGUGGAAAUGAUGCGAGUGGAAUUGUGCUGCUGGCGCAUGUGAGGGUGCCCUUAUCCGCGCUGCACGUGGUGCUGCUAGUGGCGCGCCCGUCUCUCCUGGCGCGCUGCCUCACUGCCUUCGCAGGGAUCAUCUGGGGGCCACGACCCUGGCGCUUGGGGGCGCGCGAGGACGACAGGCGAGGGGAGAGGGGAAGGGGGGCUGAGUGGGGGAGGGCGGAUGGGCAUGGUGACGGCAUGGAGAGGGAGGGAGGGGGCCGCAGGUGUCGACUGCUCCUGUCAAACAGUAUGAUCCCCCCUCUCUUGCCCCUUGCCUACUUUCCAGCGUGUGCCUUCCAUCCCUCUCUUGCACCUCUUUCUGAGAGUUUGUUCCUUCUCCCCAUUGGGUGGGCGAUUGAACAGGGGCGGAUCGAGGGAGACGGUGAGGGUGAGAUGGAGGGAGAGGCAGGGGGACACACGAGCGUGCAAGAGCACGAGCAGGUGCCUCUUGCAGCAACUCCUCCUCCCAUCACACCCGUUGCUUCCUCACCCAUGCCAUGCCUCCCUGCACUUGCUGCCACCACACGCACACACCAACCCUGCACGGCUCUCGCCCCUUUGCCUGCAAACCCCGCACCGCCUGUGGGUGGACCUCCCGUGGCUGUUCCACACACCCCACCACCUUCACCACUUCCCAUCUCCGCGCCGCCAUCAUCACUUACACUCUUGACAGCAGAAUCUGAUGCAGCAGCACCAUCUCGGCGACCGCACCACCACCCUGAUCUCAAACCAGUCAACGAGCAGCAACCACACCGAAUGCAUUCCCAACGAUUCCCUCACUGCUCUUCCUCUCUGCCAUCGCACACAUGCCAUCCUCUCCCCCACCUGCCCAUCGUGCUGCCAGCAUCACCAUGCGUGCCGCACGUGGGCCUGGCACAGCAGCUCAGCGUGGUGGCGUGGGAGCGCGUGCUGGCGGCCAUGGCGGAGGGCAGGCAAGUGGAUGCCGCCCUCUGGAUGACCUGCCAGGCGCUCCUUGCUGCCACCCUUGCUGCUGGCUCCAUGCUGGGCAGGUGCUUGUGA